AUGAAUGAGGGCUUUCUGCGCAACCAAUGCAAUCGGAUAAAAGUAUAUUUUCCGGAUCUAGAUCAGGCCAACCAACGGAUCGAGUUUCUUCCAGUUGAGUGGCGUAGCUCACUUCAGCUAGAUGACGGCAUUGUUGAUUCAAUCACACCGCUUAACCUUCGCAGUUUGCGCAAUAUGCUAAAUGGUUCUGCAAUGGACAUAAUGUACUACACUAGUCCACUUUAUCGCUAUGAGAUCACUAUCAGUCUACAAGCCAAGUUGAAUCGGCUUUAUGAUAUGUUCCGUGCUCGACAGCCCUACUUCGAAGCUAGUGGUGGACGCGUCUCACUA